GCAGGCCACAGGGCGCCGCAGCAGGUCCCGCGAGCAGCCCUGCCCUGCCCUUUGGCACGCCCUGGUCACCGGGGUCACCAUGUGCGUGCCGUCGCGCCAGCAGAUCCAGCACCUGCCCAAGAAGCCCCAGGAGGAGGACGCCGGGGACCAGGAUCCGUCCGACGAGCCGCGCCCGGGAGAGCAGGGGCCGCAGGGGCAGCUGCAGGGCCGAGGCGGGGACACCAGUGCAGCCAACUCCAAGUUCUGGGAGACGCUUGAAGAUCGGGCGCCCACCUCGCGGGCGCGCGGCGUCCCCCUCGACACGCAGAAGGGCAUGCAGCUGGAGUGCAUCAGCGUCUACUACAACAUCGACGGCGGGGCCGGUAGUAUUUGCUUUUUGCGAGAGGGGCCACACGUCCGCUCGCGCGGCAGGGGCAACACCGCCCCUCACCGGGUACAAUCAAAAUGCCAUUAUCAAUCGAAUCAGAGCGAAUUCCCCGAGUCCCGCGGAGCCCGAGGAUCACCACGAAAUCCCUCCGCUGAUACUGGGGGGCCAUCGGGUCUUGUUUGCUAAGCCGCGUUGAUGGCCGCACCGCGCAGUAAGUGAUACGCGACACAAAACUCGGAUGAAGAAAGGAAACAAUGACGGGC